AUGGCAAAGAACAUCGACUCUUUCAAACAACUUACAACCCGAAUCGGACGUCUGCGGAUAAGAAGAUGUGGUCCAACACCAGCUGUGACUAUCUUCGUCGCUUAUGCUCCAAAAUCAAGCUACGAAGAAGAAGAAGUCGAAGCUUUCUAUAUGGACCUGGAGAAGUUCUACCGAGAAGAUCAUGCCUUCUACAAGGUCAUAAUUGGCGAUUUCAACGCCAAAGUUGGCCCAAGAAGAACAUAUCGUGGUUACUUCAAUAUUUUUGAAGUUGCGAAUCCACGCCUCAGUUCUGGCUUCACCUUUAUUCCUUUGAUCCGGAACUUUAUAAUACAUUGUACUGAUCACUGA